AUGGAGUUGUAUUGGGACCAAGAUCCAAUCAUAUUUGCAGAUGAAUUACAUUUAACUGAAUAUAAGCUAAUUGAGAAAUGGGUUAACACAUCAGAAGUAUAUUAUACUACAUCACAGCAACAUUAUGCUGGUAAUUUCAGUUCACUUAGUAUAACAUUUAAAUUAGCACGUGAAAUGGGAUUUUUUAUGAUGGAUUAUUAUAUUCCAUCUAUACUAAUAGUAGUUAUCUCUUGGGUGUCUUUUUGGUUGCAUAUGGAUGCAAGUCCUCCACGAAUAGUUUUAGGAACAAACACUAUUUUGACAUUUAUGACUCUUGCAUCCAAAGUAGAAAACUCCCUGCCAAAAGUUUCUUAUAUAAAAGCCAGUGAAAUAUGGUUUUUAGGUUGUACAAUAUUUUUAUUUGCAGCAAUGGUUGAAUUUGCUUUUGUUAAUACAAUUUAUAGGCGAAAAAAAAAUGUUCCCUUAAAAAAGGUAAAUAGCAAAUACAUAUUAAAAUCAACGUUAACACCCAAACUGGCUCGGAAACAAUUUCAAAAAAAUACUACGGGGUUGGAGCGAUCACGAUCUUGGUCUUCACUUGAUAACGCAAACUCCAGUGAACAAGAUUUUUCGAGUCAAAAUUAUCUUACUGUACACAGUUUUCCAAGUACUCUUAACAUUCCUUCUGUUAAAAUUGAAGAAGAUAAAGAUCAAGAAUGUUCUAUUGGAAGCGUUAUAACUGUUAAUAGCACAUCAUCACCGAAACCUUUGCAACGAAGAGCAACUCUUGCACAAUUGCAUAAUUUUACAACAAUGACUCCACAAGAAAUUGCUCAGUGGAUCGAUAGACGUAGCAGAAUUGUAUUUCCUGUAGCUUUCAUCAUAUUUAAUAUUUUUUAUUGGUCUUUUAUUUGGAUAUAAAAAUUUUAUUUGGAUGUCAAAAAUAUAUAAAUUAAAUACAUAGAAAUAUUUUUUUAAUAAAUUAAAAUUUAUAGUAUCGAUUGCAUUUAUACAAUUUAGCUGUAUAA